CACCAACACGGCCAAACCACGCACACCGUCCCCCAGCUAGUCAAGUAGUGCAUAGAGCCCUACGGUACGACCACCACCACGACUCUACGGCUCUCCACUACGUCCCCAUGGCUGCCCACCGUCGCCCUCUCCAGCCAAUCAUUCGCACUCGACAAGGACACAUAGUCAGCCUCCCUCCACCACUGCUGCAAGUCGACACGCACCCCUGCACCUUCCUUGUCCGUCGAUGGCUCGUCUUUUGUGGCCUCCUCGUCUUUUGGGGCCUCCUGCGGCUGGUCAGCAGUCGAGGGGACAAGGGCGGCCAUGAUCCUGCGGACGGCUGACAGCGUCAAGAGGCCAUCUAUCGACGACUCAGCUGCAUGCCGAGGGUCCACCGGCGGGUCGCUCGACGAAGAAGAGGGCAUCUCGUCACUUGACGGCGAAGGACGAGUCCACUCCCCCCAGCCGACAAAGCGGAGCUUCGCUGCUGGGCGUGAUGCCGGUGUCGUGGGCGCCAGCUGAGGUGUUGCCAUCGACCUGGCCGACUGCUCGCCUUCCGUCAAAAAGUCAGGAAGGGACAUGUCGACCCAAAUCUCCACACUCAAGACGCUCCUCACGGCAUCUUCAUCCGUCAUCGCCGCGCGCGCUCGAUCCUUCAGGGCACCAGCAAGCCCGUCGAUUGCCGCAAAGCCCUCCAGCCGCACUUGCAGCAGUUGCAGUGACGGAGGCAAGGCGAUGUGUCGCACUGCAUGCCCGUCUGUCACUGGGGCACCGCGGAGGUCCAUCCAUCUUAGCAUGCAGGGGACCGUCAGCACAGGGGUGCGAAGAAGACGCCCCCGCGUCGCUGGCUGCAGCGGGGUGAAGAGGCCCUGGACCGAUCGAUGACUCGUGGCAAAGCUGCGCAGCUGAGGGCCCAAGACGUGCAUCGACUCGAGCAUUGACGGCGGAGCCAGCCAUGGGGAUGUCCAGAAGCGACGGCUGGGCAGCGGGUCCUUGUCGGUCGGCUUGGGGUCUUUCUUCUUGUCGAGAGGGACUGGUGACGGGGGGUCGUGGCUGUCAGUCGCCUCAUGCAGGUUGAUGAAGUUGGCACACGGCUGGGACAGGUAGAGGCGACGCAGCGACACCUUCCAGCUCUCGGACCAGUACUGCAAGCAACAGGCAAUCAGGUAGACAGACACAAAUGGCAUACGAAUCAGAUGUGACACGCAUUCGUGUGUGGGUAAAUGCCUUACCAGUCUCCUUCUGCCGUUCAUGGCCGUGUCGCCCUGCAGGUCCAGGUCAGCAGACAGCAGGUCCUCCAGCUCCCCAUCCGCCGCAACAUCCAUACCCGCCGUGCCACAUCCGCCCACUCCGCCACCCACUUGCAGGUCCAGCAGCAGCUCCUUCACGGCCGGAAACAUGUUGGCCAAUGCCACAAAUCCGCCGUCGCCGAUACGUGCGCGAGAGAGGCCGAGUGUGUGCAGCGCUGCGUGACUCUGGUACUGCACGGCAGCCGAGCGCCUGGCAGUGGGCGAGACGGUCUUGUGAGUGGAGCGGAGGAUGUCCAGGGCAUCGAUUGGUCGGAAGUAGAAGUGGCUCAGGAAGAGCGUGUGUAGCCGAGGGAAGGGGAACGACCCUCUCACACACUUCGACGAGCCGGAAGGGCCCGCCGCGGCGGUGCUCGCCUCAGCUGCAUCGCCCGCUGCAAGUCGCUGGGUGCGGAAUAUCGCCCGCAAGAGCAUGGCCAAAUCGAGCUCUCUCGACCCCGUCUCCAGUGCUAGCUCCUCGAGGAGCGGCAGCUGCGUGAGAAGGCAACACUCGUUGUUCCUCUGCAGCGAUAUGUCCACGUUGAGGAGAUGCAGGCACUGGAGCGAAGAACACGACCACAGCACUGGAACGAAGGUGGGGAGUGACAGGCUCUCGCCGGAGACCAGGUUCUUCCGCCAGAUGAACGUCUUGAGGCCGAAGGGGGUAGGGGACGGGGGGACGGAUGACGACUGGCAAACGUAGGGCAUGGAGCAGCGACUGAUCUCCAGCUGCUGGAGCGAAGGGGUUCGCGAGGGAUUGAAGUAGGUCGUCAGAUCCGGCGACACCUGUGGCCACAAAAAAGGACAAAGGUAAUGAGAACACUCCUCCCUCGUUGCCUGAGCGUUUCGCCUCUCUCACCUGGACGAAGUGGCUGAUGGUCACCGACUGGAGCUGCCUGCCCACAUCGCUGCCAAUGAUGACCGCCCGAAGCACCGCCGUCGCCACAGCAGGGUACACCCUCUCAUCAGGGUCCAGCACAAACGACCCGAAAGUCGACUGCGCCCACGGCGACUCACGGAUGACCGUCCAAGGGUCGUACCCAGCCAUGUCGAGCGACCAAGAUGACCCAUCUCCAUUGUUGUCGAGCAGUCGAGGGAAGCUCUCCACGACAGUCUCCACCUGCUGCUCGCACUUGAUGCGCGUCCGUCGGUCAUUCAUGCGGAAGUUCAACAGCGCCACUCGAUGGCACUUGCUUAAAAUCUGCUGCAGCAGGGGCGAUGGGUGCCGGUCGCACUUGACGGGCAGAUUGAGUGCUGAGGCCUUGAGGAGUGGCACGCGGGACCAUAUGGGCCUGACGAGAGUGAAGGCCGUCUUCUCGGGGCGUGUGAGCUGGUCAUAGAUCGGCAGCAGGAGCUCGGGGCUGUCCAACACUGCUGCAUCCAUUGCGGCAGGUCGCUGGCCCUCUUCCC